AUGGAAGAUCCGAGGAUAAUAUACACUGAGGAAAUAAUUUUCCCGUCGUUACCGUCAUUCACUGAUCAGAAACCGACGCCGGUUGCUGAGAGUGAUCAUGAAAUGAAAUCGUCGGAGGCCUUGAAGGAACAAGUGAAGGAAUUGUUAAAACCGUGGUGCGAGAUGAUUCUAGAACUUGGAAGAGGAUGUAGAGAUGUUUUGCAGCAAACGGAACAAGUGAAGGAAUUUUUGAAAUCGAAAGUUACUGAGGAUUCGUUUAUAGUUCAGAAGCUUGGUGGACCCGUGGCUAAGGUCUCUAGUCAGUUGAAUUUCUUGAAUGAGUUCUUGCCUCAGGAACAUGAUCCUAUUCACGCUUGGCCUGUUAUCUUCUUUGUUUUCAUCCUUGCACUUUCAGCUCUAAAUUUGAAUGGUGCGCAUGAUGUAUCGGCACCACCAGUAAAGAAAGUACUUGUUCAUCCUCCUAGCGCAAGCCGAAUCCAGCUCCCUGAUGGCAGACACUUGACUUAUCGUGCAAUGGGUGUUCCAGUGGACAAAGCUAGAUUUUUCUCUUAUUGCACCGUUAUUUCUACAUAG